AUGAGAGCUCUUGAUGUCGCCGCGUUGGCGUUGUGCUACAUGGGAACGGCGGUCAAUGCUAUCAGUCUCAACGUCAAGGCAAUUGAACCCACGGCUGCUGGUCAACUUGGCGUGAAUCUCGUUGAACCAAUCCCAUCUGCCAAUGCCCUUAUUGGGAAAAUCGGCAAAAAUACAGAAUACCUCACUGACAUCGGCGGCACCACAACAUCUUGGAAAGGACCUGAUAAAAGCUUCAUUACAAAGACGACAGCUACAGUCACUAAUACCGUGGGCGCUGUCGCAGCUAUCACUAAAGAAGCCUCCGUUAUCGUAACACAGGAUACAAACGACAACUUCAGCAUCCUUCUCGGGCCCGCGCUGCGCGCGAAGCUCAUCGAGGUCGCAAAAACCAUCCCCGCAUGCGGCGCCAUAAAACGCGCCGCAUCCUGUGGCUAUACGGCCUUCACGGAAGCCGUCGCGCAGUUCGGGCCUAUUGGGGAAAUUGCUGAGAUCGAAAAUGCCAUGCCCGCGGGCCGACUCGUCAUUCCUGCAAACGAUAUUGCGCAGCUCAUUGCGCUGUUUAGGACCGGUGCAGCGGCUUCGGUCUCGCCUGCUGCGGCAGUUGGAGGUGGGACGUUGGGGUUGCUAUAUCUUCUGUAUGAUCAGUGGAAUAGUAAUAAGGAAAUCCCCCCAGCAAUAGAUGUGCCAAAUAGUGUUGCGGGCACGACAAAGACCUCGGCGAGCUCGUCUUCGACGUCGGCGGCGUGUCCGGGACCUACGGAUCAGCCUAAUUGUCCAGAUGAUAAUUGUAAGGGUGACGACAACAAGAAAUGUACAGUGGGAGAACAAAAAGACUGCAAAUGCACCGGUAUAGACGUUGAUAUCUCCACAGACUUCGCCACAGAAUGGAACAACAUCCGAUCAGUUGUCGAGCAAAUCACUCUCAGCACAGAAAGCCGACCCGUGCCUAUAUGUACUGAAAGCAACAAAGUCGGGCUCGAAACUAAGUUGUGGAAAGCCAUCGUCACAAAUGUGUGCGCCUCCAAGCCCCUCAGCGCAGACAUUGACGCCAUCAUGACCGCCAAAGACGUCGGCUUCCCGGGUUAUGACGGCUGGACCUUCGCCGUCACCUGGAGGUACCACCAAGGCGACUGCGUGUUCGGCUGCGAGGAGAUGUUUAACGGUUUUCUGGACAGCACUCAAUGCUCCUCUGAUUCUCAUACCUUCUCUGGCUCUGGCAAUAAUACAGAAGGCUGCGGAACUGCUAGCUUUAUUGUCAACCAGCCCAUCGUAGCUCCCAAGCCUACCCACACCCCCGACCCGCCAACACCUGUCGGGCCGGCUCUGGGCGUCCCGACUUGCGGCGGCGGGCUGUCCUUCCAACAGUCUGAUGCGGCUGAUUCGGCGAAUAAGUUCUGCGAGCAGCUUGCCAAGGACAAGUCGUGGGCUAAGGGCCCGCAGGACAUAAGGUUCCCGAAAGUCAAGAUUUAUAAUAAAGAUGGAACGGUGAAUCCUGACCAGCAGUUCGUUCUGGUCGUGAGUCCGAAUGCCGCCUGGUGUCCGAAGGAUUUGACGCUUGAUAUGCUGGCGAACACGAUGAAAGUUGAUCGCUGUGUGGCUAAUAUAAUGAUUGGAGUUGAUGGAUGUGCCCCAUUUGUUGCGCCAAAAAAUGGAAAGUUUUUAAAGACCAGCGGGAUAAGUUAUGAGGAUUGUAUACAAUGGCAGGAGCUAAAACGGAAUCCCCUUACCACCAAAGCGUCGGGUGUCCGUUCUUGGCUCCCUCUUAGUCUUAUGGGUGCCAAUUUUGGUUCUCGUCAGGGUGGAGAGUUGGGCUGUCUAAGAAAGGUUAAGGAGGUCUCCUCGAAAGGACCAAAAUCGGCUUAG